CCUAACUAUGCCGCAUAAAUAUAAGCCAUAAAAUAUAGCUUUUAAUAUAUUACAUUAAGUGAACAUAUUAUUUAUGUUUAAAAAACUCGCCAAGGGUUAUAUCAAAAUGAUUUUUAGCUUUUCGUUCGAUUAAACGGAAGAAAACAUCGACUUCCUGCCACAAACAUUCUAUCCAAUGAACAGCCUUGGCACAAAAUUUCUGAAGACAAGACAAGUCAAUGAAAAAGAAAAACUGUCAAAAUAUUGAAAAAACCGGCAUGCAGUCGGCCGAUUAGAGUAACCAUAUUUUAUGGCUGCUGCUAGUGGAAGUGGUUCAAACAGUGGUGGUGGUGGUAGCGGUGGAAAGAAAAGAAUGGAGGAGAAUACGGUUGAGAGCCUGGCAGAGGUGUUCCGAUGUUUCAUCUGUAUGGAGAAGUUGCGGGACGCCCGUCUCUGCCCUCACUGCUCCAAGCUGUGCUGCUUUAUGUGCAUCAGGAGAUGGCUGACAGAACAGAGAUCACAGUGUCCUCACUGCAGAGCGUCCCUCCACCUCCAUGAGUUGGUCAACUGUCGGUGGGCAGAGGAAGUGACCAACCAACUUGACACACUCCAGCUGUGUACACUGCCCAGCAGGACAGAGGACAGUGACAAGGACAAAUGCGAGCUGCACCAUGAGAAGUUGAGUGUGUUCUGCCGUUCCUGCUCAAAAUGUAUCUGUCAUCAGUGCGCACUCUGGGGCGGUACGCAUUCUGGUCACACUUUCAUGCCACUGGAUGAGAUCUAUGAUGAACACGUGUCUAGGAUCCGCGAGGAGAUGAACCAGCUGAAGAGACGCCAUAUUGAACUGAUCAGUCUGGUGCAGGAUGUGGAGAGAAAUGUUGAGAGUGUAAAAAAUGCCAAAGAUGAGAGAGUGCGUGAGAUCCGCAAUGCAGUGGAGCUGAUGAUAGCCAGACUGGAGUCCCAGCUGAAGAGCAAACUAUUGACUCUGAUGGGUCAGAGGAACCAGUUGACCCAGGAGACGGAGAUGAUGGAGUCAGUGAUCCAGGAGAUUGAACACCAGCUCCACCUGUGUUGUAAGAGUGAGUUGAUCGUGGAGAGUUCCAAUGUGUUACAGAUGUUCCAGCAGGUCCACAGGAGACCCAUGGCUUCCUUUGUCACUGCCCCUGUACCCGCUGACUUUAACAGUGAGAUAGUGCCAGCAUAUGACAGCAGUACCUUUGUAAUGACUAACUUCACUGGUCUCCAGCAGAGGGCAGACCCAGUCUACAGCCAGCCACUCCAUGUCUCUGGACUCAGCUGGAGACUCAAAGUGUACCCUGAUGGCAAUGGUGUUGUGAGAGGAAACUACCUGUCUGUAUUCCUGGAACUGUCUGCUGGACUACCUGAGACUUCAAAAUAUGAGUACAGGGUGGAGAUGGUCCACCAGGCCUCCCGAGAUCUCACCAAAAACAUCGUCCGCGAGUUUGCCUCGGACUUUGAGGUGGGCGAGUGCUGGGGAUAUAACCGGUUCUUCCGCCUGGACCUCCUGGCCAGUGAGGGCUACCUGAACACAGAGACGGACACCCUUAUCUUGAGGUUUCAGGUCCGCCCACCCACCUACUACCAGAAGUGCAGGGAUCAGCAGUGGUACAUCAACCAGCUAGAGUCAGCCCAAACACAGUUUAUAGGGCAGGUCAAUGACCUGAAAGAGCGCCUGGCUAUUGAACUGUCUCGCCACCAGACUUCCCACCAGAAAUGUCCAUCACCAGACAAUCAGACUGCAGCCCGCCCUGAGGCUCCCCCUAGUGGUGUGGCCAGUAACACCAGUGGUGGCGGUGGCGGCGGCAAGCCCCCCAUAUUGUACCCCAAGCCAGUGAGGGCAGCGGUCAGUAUGGAGCUGGACAUGCAGAUGGAGGAGGAGAACCAUGACGAUGACAGCAGCAGUAGUUCUGCUUCUACUGAGAAUUUGAGUGAAGUUCUCCAUGACCAUGAUGAGACCAAUGAAGAGCUUGAAGAACAAAUUCUUGAAGAGAGCGCAGAAAUCAGCAAUGAUGAAAACGACAUUGAUGAAGAAACCAUGUCUCUUGACAAUGAUGUUGAGAACAGCCGGCAGUGGGAGAGCCAGGAGACAGCUGCUUUGAGUGGGGGAGACUCUGCCAGGAAUAGAGAAGGAGAUGAUGAUGAGCUGGUGUUGUUACAGCUGUUAGACCUGCAGGACAGGGGGUCUGAGGAGAGGAGGGUCACCUUCCCAAAACCCAAGAGAUACACCUCCGCCACCACCCUGAAUGCUACUGCUGCUGUUCCUACCAGUGCUGCAACUACUGCUACUGUCACUACUGCUACUGCUACUGCUACUGCUGCUGCUGAACCUGCUGUGCCGACGGGAGACAGACAGUUUCCUGCAUCUGACCUUCACCAGCAAACUGAGCAGUGGAUAGAGAGGGUCAAGUCUUACUUGGAGCGGGUGUCCAGUAGCAGGAAGCACAAGUCUAAAGACAGCGGUCAGAGAAGACCAGCUCAUUCUAGUCGGGUCAGCAGUGCCAAAGAUCGCUUCCACUCUGAGCUGGCUGAGUUGGGAGUGUCCUUGCCACCUGGGGGCAGCAGUAGUGGCAGUGCAACAGGGUUCUCUGCUCAAGAGAGACUGUCAACAUCUCGUCCCACUGCCAGACUGUCUAGUCCAGACCUACAGCAAUCUCCCAAACUACAGGAAGAUGGUGCAGCCAAUGAAAGCCAUUCUACCACAGGUGACCUAGAUGGCGAGCAUAGCACCCCGAGUCUCCCGGGGAGUCCUCUGGACAGUUCCCUAGAGCAGUACCCCAUCUCAGACAUCUCCACAUCAGAGGUGGCCUGUAUCCCUGCCCUGAACACUGCCAGACUGGUGGCCAGGAUGAGUCAACUGGUAGAAGAAGCCACCAAAGCCGAGGCAGCUGCUGCGGCAGCCAAUGGGGCUCCCAGUGGGCCAGGAGGAGGAGAUGCAUCCAGAGACAGCGUAACUCCAGGAGGAGAAGAUGCCAGUGAAGACCCCAGUGCUGACAGAGGUCCCAGCUCACAGGGAGACAGCCUGGCCUCAGGUGGCAGGUCCUCCAGCAGGACCACCCCUACUGUGGAGUUUAGCACCAAUGACAAGAAAAGCCCAAGAAGUUCUGUCAUAUGAAUCCUGAUAUUUAUGGAAACAGAGUUGAAGAUAUACCGAACAACUGCAUAAUGAACAAGUUCACCCUCUCUUGGAUUCUCAGUAACAACGACCUGCUGUUUAUAUCCUACAUGUGAAUAGAGGGAGGCACAAGAGCAGGAUGUAGAAUGUUUCAAGACAAAUGUGCUCCCAGACGCCAAAUGUUACAUAUAACAAAGAGAGAAGGGCACUGCUUUGUUACAAUACACAUGAAUUGCCAAAUAUGCAAAUAUUUCACAUUCAACUAAGUAGAUUAGAUCCGGUUAUCAACACAAUAUUUAUGUAUGCUGUUUCAAAUUUCUUAAACAAAGCCUACUUGCACCUCUAGCACUGUUAUAUAGCCCAGUAUUACCUUGCUAAAAGACCAUUACAGUAUUUUUUCUUUGUAAUGCACAUUUCCUCACAUAAUUCUUUAUAAGCAAAAAGAAAAAAAAAAAAAAAGCAAUUAUACCUUGUUUAACUCUUUUGAACUAAGUUUGUGGAGCACUAGUAAUAAAAUAACACUACAGGAGGAGAUGGGGGGGGGGGGGAAGGCUCUCAUUUUUGAGCUUUGGCUCCAGCUUACAGCCAAGAGCACUUGCUAUUUUCCCUAUAACAUGCUGAAAACUGCAGACCAUGUAGAACACUGGAUUAAUGAGGUCAGCAUUUAGUUAACAUUGCUUGAAGUUUUUAAGAUCAGUUUUCAACCAAUUUUGUUCCUAGAGAGAUAUGAAGUUGAAUUGACAUGCUGCACUGAAAAUAUAUGGAAAAGUGCAGAUAGACUAGCAGUAACCAGGCUGGAAUUUGGUUGGGAGAUGAAUGUUGGGUGUCAGAGCUAAUUUAUAAUAUGCAGAGAACUGUUCAAUAUGACAAAGAAUUCCAGUGUCCACAAUAAAGCUAUGGAAAUUUUUCCACCUAUAUAUAUACCAAUUUUCUAGAUACUUACAACUGUGGACGAGGAUUCUGUACAAUGAUGCUAUUUGUUUCCUUUUUUCCCCAAAAAAAUACAUAUUCAACUUUUUUUCAAUCUGUGGACCAAGUUCAUCUGUGCUCACACUUUAGUUUAACAGUAAAAAGUGAUGGAGGAAUAUGUGUAAUUCUUAUUGUGAAAGGUCAGGGUUAGAGUAGAGAUUUUGUAUGCUACAUGGGAAUUGGUUGUCUUUGGGACCAGGUACACACAUUCCCUGAAAUGUAACUGAGGUUUCUGUUGAUCAGCAUUAGAGAGGAGUCUUUAAGAUUAUCGAAACGGAUUGUCAAAUGCUACAAGUGGUGCUGAGGAUUGAGUGGGUUUUUUUUCUUUUUCUUUACUUACUGUUUUUGUGCAAUAUGAAAUAAAAUGUUUA